UGCAGUGCAGAAGAAGAUUCCAUUUGUUUAUUAACAGACUGAAUUGCGAGAGCUAAAAUGUGAUUAUAAAUCCUAUCACUGAGUGUUCAUUCACAGAUAAACUUUUUCCCUUGUCUAUCUAAAUCAUUCAGUAAUCCAUAUAUGGCUUCUUUUUUACCAAUUCAGUCAUCUUUUUUUCCAUUGUUCUUUGCUACUACUAUACUUCUUGUAUUUUGCAAUGUUUGUUUUUCAAAUGCUCAACCUACGUCUUCAUCUCGGCCCCAAGGGCUCGUCCUUCCAGUAACUAAAGAUGGUUCAGCUCUUCAAUAUCUGACUUCCAUUAUGCAAAGUACACCUCUAGUCUCUGAAAGCCUAGUUGUUGAUCUAGCAGGUGAAUACCUAUGGGUUGACUGUGAGAAUGGCUAUGUUUCCUCAUCAAACCGCACUCUCAAUUGCUUCGGAAGAGAGUGCUCCAAGCUUCAGUUGAGCUCUAGAGCAUGUCUGCACAAACCAGCACAGCCGAGGUAUAAAUCCUUUAUGGGAUGCCUUGUUUUCCCUAGCAAUAAGUUGCCAGGUGGGAAUUUCACCUCCGGUUAUCUUACUUCAGAUGUUGUAUCCACACAGUCAUGUAUAAAUGGUUCUACCACAGGUCCAUAUGUAACGGCUCGUAAGUUUUCAUUUGGCUGUGGAUCAACUUCUCUGCUAAAGGGACUCGCCAAUGGUGUUAAAGGAAUGGCUGGUUUUGGACCUUUUGGAGUUUCAGUACCUUCUCAGCUUUCAUCGGCCUUUCGUAUCCCAAGAGUAUUUGCAAUGUGCUUACCAUCGUCAACAUCAUCCAAAGGCGUCAUAUUUAUUGGCGGGGGACCUUACAAAAUGCAACCAGGAAUUGAUCUAUCAACUUCAUUUACCUACACUCCAUUCUAUACCAAUGCUACUGCUUAUUAUUCAUCUGAGUAUCACAUUCGGGUAAAAUCAAUCACUGUCUGCGGCAAGAAAGUUCCGGUUGAUGGUGAUUCUUUGGACAAUGGGUUCAUUAAAUCAGCAAAUAUUAACACCAUGAUUCCCUACACUGUUUUGCGCACAUCAAUUUAUAAUGCGUUCUCCAGCAUCUUUAUCGAGAAAGCUAAAUCUUUGAAUAUUACGAGGAUGGCUUCGGUUGCACCUUUCGGUGUUUGUUUUGAUUCAAAGAACAUGAUAAGUACACGGCUGGGAGCUCUUGUGCCGGAGAUCAAUCUUGUCUUGCAUACCGACAGAGUAGUUUGGAGGAUAUUCGGAUCAAAUUCUAUGGUGCAGGUUAGUGACAAAGUAUCGUGUUUGGGAUUUGUUGAUGGAGGUAAUGAGGCAUGCCUUGUUAUUGGUGGGAAUCAGUUGGAAGACAAUCUAUUGGAGUUUAAUCUUGCUAAAAUGAGGUUAGGGUUUACUACAACACUCGGUAGACAAACAACUUGUUCUAACUUCAAUUUCAAAAUAUAAGGUGUAACACUAGAGUAGUAGUUGUUACUUGCUAGUUCCAAUUGAUAAUUAAGGUGUCAUGCUUGAGUAGUAGUUGCUAGUUGCUAUUGAUACUCAUCACUUUUUUUUAACGGCCUUAAA